CAGUGAAUGAACUGCCGUCAGCGAGUCGGCCCGCGUCCUCACGCCAGGCUGUCGUCUUGGAAGGAUUCCUGAACGAGCGGCGACUCCCCUGACGAAGAUGUCGGGUAUAGGUAGGAGGAUGAGAGUACAAGGCGCCUGCUGUGUCUUCGUGGUCCUCGUCGCUUGUCUUAACUUCGUCCAGACCGAAACUACAACAGAACCCACUCUCUUAACCACAGACACGACGAUCCCAGACUCGGACUUCUCAACCACAGAAUUCUCGGACUCGCCCUCAACCACCGAAGACUUCGCAACGACCACGACCUCGGCGGAAACGACCAUUGACACGACGAUCCCAGACUCGGACUUCUCAACCACAGAAUUCUCGGACUCGCCCUCAACCACCGAAGACUUCGCAACGACCACGACCUCGGCGGAAACGACCAUUGAUGUACCAACUACUACCGCCAACUACAGGUUCCUAAAUGUGCGGAGUGUGGCCGUUAGAUAUAGACGUCAGAGAGCUAGACUGGAAUGUCACGGUAUCGUGGGCUAAUAGCUCACAAGAUUCUGGUUACAGUUACAACGUGACCGGUGAAAUGCGUGGAGGAAACGGAAGAUAAGGCAGAAUGUGGAUGUCGAAAGUGCGAAGAUUUUCACGACACAACGGAAAACACCUACAUAAGUUUCUUGCUGAGACCCGCUACGAACUACAGCAUUGAAGUGGUCGAUUUGAACUCUACACACAGCGAGAGUAUUUUGUAUCGAACGCGUCCGGAAGAAGUGAUUCAUUUCCCAAAUGUGAAUACAUCGGCGAAAAAAAGAAGCGUGGAUUUUAAGUGGAAAAUCAACUGUCCUUACACAGUGCCUGGCACAUAUUCCAUAUUCUUCAACGGGAUCACGAUCAAGCCGAACACAAGCAAUUGUUUUUACAAGGUCCACAUCUCUGGUCUGAAACCCUACACGCAUUAUACAUACCGGCGACAGUAUUUUAGUGAGAAUUGCACUAGUAAAGUCUGCCCAGGAGAAGCCAGUGUCACUCCCGGUGAUGGGGAUGAAAGCACCAUAAACGUAGCUUCUGCUUCAUGUCUGUGUAUAUCGGACGUUUUAAUGACUCGACCUGAUGUGCCAUCCAACCCCAGGAAUAUAGAUGUACAUGGACCCCCUUUUGAUAAACCGAAUAACACUAGCAACACAGCAAAGAUAGUGUGGGAUGCCCCAGAAUUCGUAAAUGGGAUCCUGCUUGAAUACCAGAUUACCAUUGAUUCAGCUGGACAAAACAUCAGGAACUUUACUGUAGGUGCUGUUCCUAAAGAAAAGGUUCCCUUGCAACCAGAAACAUCCUAUCGCAUCUGUGUAAAGGCGAGGAACAAGGAGCCCAAUAAAUAUGGUUUGGAAAAUUGCAAAAACAUUACGACCAAUAGCGGCACUCCGUUCUUUGCGGCUCAACCCUGGCACGAUCUCGGUCGGAAAGGCUCCACAAGAUAUGUCAUUAUGAUCAAUUCCUCUGCCUUCGAUGAAAGCAAUGGCAAAAUCAGGAAGCAAGAGAUAUUACUCGCUAAACCGGACGAAGGACUGAAAGUGAUCGACACAAAACUACCCCCCUUCAAGAACCAGUCCCUGUUUGCAUUCGAAGGUCUCGAGCCCGGGACCUCGUACAGAUUCGCCAUCAAGAUCUUCACCAGGGACGGGCAGAAGGUAUCCGAGAUUUACACGUUCCAGACCGAAGAUGCCCCCAUCAACAGUGUACUGGCGGCUUGUCUAACAAUAUUUGUGGGCGCACUGGCGGCCGUCGCUCUUUUCAUCAUCUACAAUCGGCUAUACUCUCCUGUCAAAGCAAGCACUUCCAUGGAGCUUCCCCUGGUGGUCACUUACCCCCCUGACGUCGCCACCGAGAGACGAAUCCUGGUCAGCAGUCUCCUCGAUACAGUCACUGAACUCCACAAGGAUGGAGGCCAGCAGCUUAUCCGGGAGUACAAUGAACUCAAAUCCAUCAGUCCGACGAAGUCCACACUCCAUGCAAGUCUCGGCAUUAACGACCAUAAAAACCGUUACAUCAACAUCCUACCGUUUGACGACACCCGUGUAAUUCUGAAUGAGUACAGGGGUAUCCCCGGCAGUGACUAUAUCAAUGCCUCUUACAUCCACGGUUACACUAAGCCAAAGGAGUUUAUAGCUAGCCAGGGACCCAAGGAGGAACUAAAAGAAGACUUUUGGAGGUUGGUGUGGGAGAAGAAUGUCCACGUCAUCGUAAUGGUCACCCAGUGUGUGGAGGCUAACAAGGAGAAGUGUUGCACGUACUGGCCCUCGCCAUCGAACGUGCAAGGCUGGCGUCUCGGAUUUUCGAAGCUUCAAGUUAGAACAGUCCUCGAGGUGAACCAUCAACCAGGCGGAUACGUCACCAGGAAAUUUGAGUUGUCCAAGGGUUCACGCUCCCGUGUCAUCCAGCACUUCCACUAUGUUUCGUGGCCUGACAUGGGCUGCCCUCAGACUCCCGAUCAGCUAAUUCAGUUCGUCAAGGUAGUCAGAGCCGCCAUUCCUCGGGAGAGUUCACACACGCUCAUCCACUGCAGCGCUGGCGUGGGUCGCACGGGGACCUUCAUAGCGCUUAACAACCUCAUGGACGAGAUGGAGGCUGAGGGAAGCGUCGACGUGUUUCACUGUGUGUACAGAAUGCGCCACCACAGGACCAAUAUGGUGCAGACGCAGUCGCAGUAUUCUUUCGUAUACAAAUGCAUCUUGAAACACUACCUAGAUUCCAUAGGCGAAAGUGACAAAUACCUUUUAGAUGACCCCGAGUCGACGAGUUUGAACACCAGCGUGAGCGUGAUUCAGGACAAUCCCUAUUUCAUGAAAGACGAAUACCGAGAGGACGAAGGACUCAUCCCAUUAACCGAUGAUGAGGAAGAGGAGGACGGCGAGGAGGAGGAGGAGGAGAAGAAGAAGAAGAAGGGAGGAGGAGGAGGAAGCGAAGAAAAAACCAACGGAAAUGAACAAUACGAGGAAGAAAAGACUGCUCUUAUCGACGAAAAGCAUGAUGAUAACGUGAAAGCAAAUGGGGUGAUAAAGAGUGACGAGAAAGACAAUGAAGGUUAAUGGGAGAAUAUUGAUAUAGAGGACAAUGAAAGGAACGAGGAAAAGGUGAGCGAAACCAAAGGCUUACAAUCGAAUGGAAAUUAGAAAAGGCUGGAUAUUUGCAUUCUGAAAUUCUGAUUAAUUAUUGUGCAGUUAGAGAGAGACUUUUCAUUUUCGUUGAUGUUAAGAACUACUCCUUUGUUCAUGCUACACCCGUGUGACUUCAGAAAUUUGUAAUAUAAGAAAGAAAGAAAAAACGCAGUAUUGAUGUGUUAAAUCCGUAAUACAAGAAAGAAAGGGAAAAAUGUAUUGAUUCAGUUCCAUAAAUAAUUUUGACCUUUUUCAUUCUGUGGCCAAUAUAUAACAAUCUCCAUGGACCCGA